AUGAGGGUAGAAAUGCAACGGAGGCAGGAUUUGCCUCCACCUGGAUUUGCUGCUAACGCUGUUGAUGGAAGGCUCCCAAUCUAUUUACCUUCCUCAAAUAUGGAUCCAACUCAGAACCAACCAUCUACACCUGUUCAGAAUCCGUCGAUUAUAGAUCUGUCUACCCAAAAUCCCAGAUAUGCUUCAACAUCCUACCAAAAUCCACCUUCUUUUCAAAACAACUAUCCCCAAAUGCCACCCUAUCCUCAAAAUAUUAACCUUCAAACCGCUCCACCACCACAAAAUCAAAACCAAAAUCAAAAACAAAAUGCUUUCAAUCCCCAAACACCCCACCAUCACUUAAAUCAGAAUACAAAUCCUCAAACUUACCUACAGAAUUAUCAAACCUCUCAAAAUGCUUUAAGUCCCUCUGUAGCUCCACCAUUACCAAAAAGAGACACUUUCCAAAUUCUCGUCCCUACCGAGCACGAUGUGCACGGUUCUGAGCUGGACCAUUAUGAGGAACAUGAAAAUGAGUGGAGGGCAAAGGAAGAUUCAAGCUACCGAGAAUCCCCUCCUGUUCAUCAAGUACAAGAUCCACUAUACCAAAAUUCCCCUCCAAAUUACCAAGAUUCAUCGCUAAAGUACCAAGCAAAUCCAUAUCCCAAAAGCCAAGAUCCCCGUCCAAAUAUCAGAAAUUAUCAACAGGAUCUGAUUGAUCAAGACGUAGUCUCUCUCCAACCGGCGUCACCAAAUGUAAACACCAACCCGUUGCCGAAACAUAGAGACAGCAAUGUCAAUAUGAUAGAGACAGACGAAGACUUGUGUGAAACAAAGAUGAUUACUCCCAUCAUUCACGAUGACUUGGAAAGGGCUGUAUCUUCUUUAAGCGUCAAAGAAAAGAGAGAGUUUGUUGUCCUGACACCUGCAAAGGCUGUUGCCUUGGUGCCUUCAGAAAGUCUCGUCAAGCCUAAGUUUGUUAUUGAAACCAUUGCUGCUCAAGGCAUGACCACGUCUGGAAGGUGUUACAAUCCUGGCGAUCUUGCUCUCGGAGGACAGAAGAAGGAUCAGGCCAAAGGGCCGAUAAUCAAAGGAGAAGCAGAGGAAUUCAAGAGAAGAAUGAAACCAAAAUAUUAUUCCAUCGUCAAGCAUUUGGAGAAGACUCCAGCUCAUAUCUCCGUAUGGGCCCUGCUAAUGAGCUUUCAAUCCCACAGGCAGGCCUUAAUGAAAGAUCUUGAUGAUACGUACAGACCCGCAGACACAAGCAGUGAUAACGUGGCCACCUUGAUUUACCAGGUUAUUGGAGGGCACCGAAUCAACUUUUGUGAAGAUGAGAUGCCUGUCGAGGGAAGGUCUCACAACAAGGCAUUACACAUCAUUGUGGUAUGCCGCAAAAAGGUUGUCAACCACGUCCUAGUAGAUGAUGGAUCUGGUCUGAGUAUCUGCCCGUUGUCGAUGUUGAGGCAGCUAAGAUUUGACCUUGGGAAACUGGAGAAAAACCAAGUCAACGUGAGAGCCUUUAAUGGGAUUCAGAGAGACACGUUGGGAGCGGCUGUUCAUCCAUAUGGCUGGAGCCGUCCUCUCUACUCUCCAUCAGAUAAUGAAGCUCGUGUGGAAGAACGAAGAGCUGGUUAUUCAUGGCGAGGGGAGUCACCUUGGCAGACAGGGUACGGAUUGGGAAGAGAUUCCCGAGGAAUUAUUGAGCCUGUUCCAGUCCUCGUUAAGGGAUCCAGAUAUGGUUUGGGGUAUAUCCACACAGAUGAUGACAUGAAGUAUGCCGAUCAUGAAGACCUUAAGGAAGGAAUUUGUGACCUCUUCGAGGAGAUCGAUGCAGUUGUCGAGGAAGAGGUCGAGCUAGCUGGUAUCCGCGAUGCUGAACCAGGGGAGGUGCUACGGAACUGGACCUCCACUCCGAUCUUGAUACCCCAAACUCUUCGUGACGACGAGGUUGACGAUUAUGAAGAAGAAAGUGAGAAACUAGAUUAUGUCGCCAAGGAAUUUCGGCAGUUUGAGAAUCAGCAUAAACCAAAUCUAGAGGAAGCGUAA